AUGCAGUUAAAGACCUUGCUUUUGUGUAAAAGAAGACGCAACGGCCUCAACUGGUUCAAAUCCGUGGAAUUGGACGCUGAAGUCAACGCGUCGCCUGUUUGGCGUCCGCAUCAACGGUUUAAACGUCGUCAAGAUGACAACAACUUGUGGCGCGUCUCGUCCCAUAAUCUUAACUCGUACCGAUACUCUGCAAUCUAUGGAUUUCCACGAUAA